AUGACUAAACAAGCCGAAGAGACUCAAAAGCCAAUUAUCUUUGCUCCUGAGACGUAUCAAUACGAUAAGUUCACUUUGAAUGAAAAGCAACUCACAGACGAUCCAAUUGAACUUUUCACCAAGUGGUUUAACGAAGCCAAGGAAGAUCCAAGAGAGACGUUGCCAGAGGCGAUUACCUUCUCAUCCGCAGAAUUACCUAGUGGGAAAGUGUCUUCCAGAAUUCUUCUUUUCAAAGAACUCGACCAUAGAGGCUUUACCAUCUAUUCUAAUUGGGGAACCUCUAGAAAGGCCCGUGAUAUUGCUACAAACCCGAACGCUGCAAUCGUAUUCUUCUGGAAGGACUUGCAAAGACAAGUGAGAGUUGAAGGUGUCACAGAGCAUGUUAACAGAGAAACCUCUGAACGAUACUUUGAAACAAGACCUCGGGGGUCUAAAGUUGGGGCAUGGGCCUCACGCCAAUCAGAUGUUAUUAAGGACAGAGAAGAACUGGACGAGUUGACCCGGAAAAACACUGAACGUUUCAAGGAUGCUGAAGACAUUCCAUGUCCAGAUUAUUGGGGCGGCUUGAGAAUCGUCCCACUGGAAAUUGAGUUUUGGCAAGGUAGACCUUCCAGAUUACAUGAUAGAUUCGUUUACAGAAGAGCAACAGAAAACGACCCAUGGAAAGUUGUCAGAUUAGCCCCAUGA